AUGGCGACAACUGCACAUAUCAUUACAUCGCACUACGACCCUGCAGACCGCGAAAGACUUGAACGCGAAACGGGGCAGUACAGCGACUCUGCGGAGGCUUGGGAAAUCGAGGCGAAACUUGCCUUCAAGCGUCGACUGGCGCCAGCCCCACGAUUUGUGCCGGCGUCUGGCAGCAACGAGUCAAUUCCAGCACCAGAGGUCAAGAAGAGCACUUCGGAGGAUAUUGGCGGGUGGUACAAGGCGUUGACAACCAGAACCGAGACCCAGUCCAAACCGAGAGCUCAAAUGCAUCUCCCUCCAAAGGAUCCUUGUCCACCGCAAGUAACAGAGAGGCGCACCAGAAAUAACUGGUUCAUAAUGAAUGCCAUCGACUCAGAACCUGCAUCUGUUGCUUCACCGACAUCUCAUCCCAGCCUCGCGGAUAUUCUUGAACGCGAACCACCUCCGCUCCCCCACGAAGCUCCGCAUAAAGUUCCGGUGUUUGUCGCCAUAGGCCCUGGCAACAAAGGUUUUGCAAUGCUGCAACAGAGUGGUUGGAGCGAAGGGGAGGCUUUGGGCCCUGACAUUGCCCGUCAAUCGAAGCGGCGCAGGAUCAUACAACCAAGCGUAUCACCACCGGUUGACGACGGAGCCUCAAGGGAAGUCGUAGAUUUAACGAUGUCAGACGAGGACAGCGGUGAUGAGGAACCGGACACAAGCGCAGAUGAUCAGAAUCUGACGAAUACCGAGUCGGAUGGGGGGCGCAAGGCAUUACUGACUCCAUUGGGUAUCGUCCUGAAAUCCGACCGCCUCGGAAUCGGCUUGAAAGCUGUUACCACCGGACCAUACAGGGCCUCGAAAAAGCGCAUCACCCCCAACGCGAAAGCUUUGGCGGCUCAUAUUCGAGCGUCUGAGCAACUGAAGCGGGACAAGCAGAAGCAUGGCAGGGGGCAUCGUGGGUUUGCGCGACGUCAGAAGAAGGAGGAGACCAAUCGGAGGGCGUUGUUGGCGUAUAUGAACGAAUCGUAG